AACUAAGAUUUAUGAUGGGACGACCCUCAUGACUGACACCGUCACCGAUCAUGCAGCCGUAGCUGAGUCCGAUCUAGGCACCGCCCCACUGGAUGAGGCCGCUGAGGCUGAAUUUCUUGAGACCUUGAUUCAAGAAGGAGAUCAAGAUGCUCUGUUGAUUGCAGACUUUGAAGCUGCAGCCCAGGAGACCGUUCAGGAGGACAGCGAGCUGGCCACAGCAUUUUCAGCAUAUCAGCAGGCUCGACAUCGCCUGGGAGAAAAAUUCCGAAAUCGGGGGUUCUUUCCUGCAAAACCCUAUGCUGGCAAGGGUAAGGGAUAUGGUGGAAAGCCCUUUGGCAAAGGAAAGUUUCAUGACAAUCGACCAAAAAAGACCCUGCAAGAACGCAUCAUGUCGUCCACAUGCCGACUAUGUGGAGUUCGAGGCCACUGGAAGGCCGAAUGCCCACUCAAAAGUCAGGGAAGUGCCAACUCGACUGAAGCUCAAUCGACUGCACCGACGUCCACUGUGAUCACAACCAACAGUGGCAGUAGUCUUCCUCUCGAGACUGAGGGACGCCAAACGAUGCCAACUGACUUCCAGCAGAGAGAAACCGUGAAAUCCAGGUCUGUAGAUGAUUUGCCAGUCGUUUCAAGAACUGACAAGGUCAUGCCCAAAACAGUAGUUUCAGACGAGGCUGGUUCCAUCAGAAUGACUAACACUGCAGAUCAACCAGUUUUACCCACCAAUCCAAUUUGUUUUGCAACUCAUGAUGCCUGUGGAGUGCUUGACCUUGGUGCGUCAAAGACCGUGAUUGGGUCAGAACACGUGAAGUGCCUAAUUCAAAGUCUGGAUGAGGAGACUCGUGCCCGGUUGUCACGAUGUCCGUGUCAGGUGACUUUUAAAUUUGGUAACCAAGGUACACUGACCAGCAGCCAAGCCAUUGUUGUUCCCAUAGGCCAUCUGAUGCAAGGAGGGACACCCUUCCUCAUCAGCAACACGUUCAUGCGAGCCAUUAGGGCCACCAUCGAUUGCUCCAAGUACAGCCUUUCCAGUCCGGUGCUGAAUCAUGAAAUUCCAUUGGAACUCACCGAACGAGGUCUUUUUCUAGUCAAUUUAAAUGAUCUUGUCAAAGCAGCCAUGAAACAGCACACAUCCGCAGAGCUCGACACGAAGCUGGUCGAGUCAACAUUUCUUGCAACUCGCACUGACAGCCGUGGCCCUGAAGAAACGUCAGCCGACGCCCAGUCAGAGGAAGUGCAAGUUCAGAAAUUCAACAUGUCAGAAGUGUCUCACCGCAGUGAAAACCAAGAAGCAUGUCAUGAGGCAAAGGUUCACAGGUCCGUUGGUUUUGUAUCAGAGGAAAGCCACGUCAAUCAGGUGUUCAACCAUCAGCCUGCGGUUCAAGUGACCGACAUCAUAGCCAACCACCCGAAAGAGACCAGCCAUACCGAAGUGGAAGUACCACUUCCCGAUCUGUCUCAUUUGACUCUGGCAGAUCUGAAGUCCGAGGUUGUGACCUUCGGGUCCAAGCACCAGGGCGAAACCUACGAGAAGGCCUGGGAAGACCAAGGGUGGAUCAGUUUCAUGACAGCCAAGUACGGAAACAGCAAGACACUUGGACAUCGACGCCUGAUCCGAUUUGUGGAGUUGAUGGUGGAGCAUCACGAGCAGAUGAAUACCCAGGUGCCAGUGUUUCCACCACCAGAGUCACUGGCAGGAAGUUACACCGUGAUCAGCGAGACUUCUGGACACAGAUCCAUCCAAGCAAAGGCCAAAGCAAGGCAUAUGGCUCCAUCUGGGGCAUCCAUGGAUCUUCCACUGGACAUCGACGAGGAGCAAGCCUUCGAGAUGUACAACCAGGGGAUUACGGGGGCCACUCCAUAUGUCCAGGAUCCGAAUGUCAUAGCCCUCCAGGAGCGCAUGCUCCAUAUGGAGAAUGCUCUUGGCCGAGUGAUCAAGCACUUGGAGGACCAGGCCGAGAAGAAUGCCCAGAAGGGUGAUUUGUCCACCACCAGUGGUCGCCAGCCAGCCAAGCACCGCGGCCGUAACCAGUUUGCUCGUUCCCAGCUUUCGACUCCGGAGGAAAGUGAUGAGACCGGAGUGAAACGUAGAAGACUGGAAGGUAAGCAAGGUUCGGUGCUCAGUGAUGCGUCGCUACCAGCCCACACAGCAGCCAUCCAAGAAAAUGCCGAAUACACGACCGAGGAGUUCCGAACACAACUCAAGCUCCGAGAGGCAGGAAAACUCUAUCGCAGUGCUCCAGAGAAUGUGCGGUCGGCACUCCCAGAAGAAGGAGAGCCCGAUGGGCCCGAUCUGCCGGAGGACAUGACACAAAUUCAACAACAGAUCAACCGCAGUUAUCAGAAUCCCGAUGCUAUGCAAUCGAUUCCAGAACAUGAACCCUUUGAAACACCAACCGUCAUGUUGCCACCAGGAACGCCAUCAGCAGACCAUCAAGCCACUACAUCUGAACAAGAUCCACACGACAGCAGUGCAAGUGAAUCCUUGCAACAACCUGAUCAAGAACCCGAAGCACCAAGUAGAGAAAUAACCCAGAAUCCCGAUGAAUUGACCCCACAAUCUCCGACAGAUCAAGCAGACAGCUUCUUCACCUGCUCCGAAGAAGGAUGUGCAUUGGCCAGCAGCGAUGACCAACAUCUCGCAUGGAGGUGUGAAUAUGACAUGUCUGUACCACCUGAGUUUGCUAAUGAGAUACCAACUCCUAUGGAAGCAUGGGUCCUCUUAGCCACCAAUGCCAAGAAACAGAGAACUGAGGUACGACUGUCAGAGCUCACCCCCAGUGAAUGGAAAGAGUUCGAGGCUGCCAAGCAGGUUGAAGUGAGCAACUGGAUCAAAACAGAAACCUUGUCGGUCAUCAUGCGGGGUCA